CGGCAAUAUUAUUCCGAAUGAUAUCAACAAAAAUCGAUAGGGAAAAUAUUGACAGAUACAGAAGGCACAAAUCUCUCAGCCAUGAAUCAACAAGAGAUGGCAUUUCGAAUACGAUCUUCAAAGUUUCGCCAUGUUUAUGGCGUCUCACCAAGGAAAGAUAAAUGUUUUGAGAAUAUUCGGCUAACGAGGAAUGCCCAUGACAGUAACUUUUGUGCGGUGAACCCCAAAUUCCUCGCUGUUGUUACAGAAUCUUCAGGAGGUGGCUCUUUUGUGGUCUUGCCUGUUAACAGGACUGGUCGUGUGGACAUAAAUGCCCCGAAGGUUUGCGGCCAUGCUGGGAAUGUCCUUGACAUUAAGUGGAGCCCGUUCAGGGACAAUAUCAUUGCAUCAGGAUCCGAGGAUAACACUGUUAAAGUGUGGCAGAUUCCUGAGACCGGGUUGUUAGCUAACCUCACAGAGUGGCAGGUUGAUCUCCAUGGACAUGGUCGAAGGGUCGCAUACAUAGACUGGCACCCAACUGCUGAAAAUAUCAUACUUAGUGCUGGGCUGGAUUUUAAGUGCAUUAUCUGGAAUGUAGAGCAAGCAGAACCAGUCAACGUUGUAAACUGUCACACAGACCUUGUCCAGUCUAUAUCCUGGAAUCGCGAUGGUUCGCUAUUUUGUACAACCUGCAAGGACAAGGUGUUCCGCGUCAUAGAUCCCAGGGUCGGCGACUGUGUCUCGCAAAAGAAGUGCAUAUUUGAAGGUAUCCGACCCUCCAAAAGUGUGUUCGUAGGGGAUACUGGUCAAGUGUGUUGUACCGGGUUUACACGGCAUGGGGAACGGGAGAUUGGUAUCUGGGAUAUACGAAACCUGUCCAAAGAGUUAAACAGGCGGAAGGUGGAUAGCUCCAAUGGUAUCCUGAUGACGUAUUACGACCAUGACACAAAGAUGGUCUAUGUAGCAGGAAAGGGCGAUGGAAAUAUCCGGUAUUUUGAAAUAACCAACAAAGACCCGUACCUUCAUGACCUGAACAAUUAUGUCUCAUCAGAACCACAGAGAGGCUUGGGUGUGAUGCCCAAGCGAGGGUGUGAUAUCAACAGGUGUGAAAUAAUGAGAUUUUACAAACUUCAUGCCGCCAAAAACUUUGUGGAACCAAUCUCAAUGAUUGUGCCUAGAAAAUCGAACAUCUUCCAAGAAGACAUCUACCCACCAACUGUUAGUGCCAUCCCAUCUCUUAAUGCUGAUGAAUGGAUAAGUGGGCAAAACAGGGACCCAAUACUGAUCUCAAUGCAGGACCAAAGAGUUGUCAAUGACCCUUCAGUGCUUCCAUCCAAGGCCAACAGACCAAAUGAUGAAACGAUUAACCACACCCCAACCAUCACCACCUAUAAGGUUGUGCCCUCCUCGACAGCCUCCUCACAGCAACGAGGCAGCCAUGGGGAGACAACCAAUUCAAGACCAGAGAUGCAGAAGAUGCCAGCGUCGUUGAAGAACAUCAAGAGGCUGAGCACUUGUGAGGAUAUUGUGACAUUGAAUCCUACUCCUAGUCAAAAUGAAACAAAAAGCAAGGAAAACCAGACACCUGAUGUUGUGGAUGUUCAGAAGGAUAAAGCCUUUGUCAACAGUAAGAUUGCAGCUUUCGAAAAUAAAGGGUCAUCAGAAAGCACUGAAGUGACCUCACCAACCAGAAGAACAGUCAAUAGGUCAUGGUCAGCCAAUCAAGAACCUCCACCAGAUGUAAUAGCCAAUGGGAUUAAAGGAAGCAAUGAACCGUCACACAGCUUAAGUGUCCAAAAUGCUGCAAAAUUCUUCGAACAUCGUGAAAUUGAAAUUAUUGACAUUAAACAUGUUGAAAGUAGCAGCAGCCAAGGCAAGGGAGACCACUCUAAUUCAUCAGUAUCCAAGGGAGAUCACUCAAAUCCCAAGGGAGACAAUUCAUCACCUAUUAAUAAAAGUAACAACUCUCCGCAAGGGAGGUUGAUACUAGGGGAGAUUAAAAAUGAUGAUCAGAGCAAAGCUAAUACUGUACAUGUAAAGAAGACAUGGUCACCUAUUACACAGCCAGAGCGCACGUUGGAAGACGGAGUAAUGUCCCCUGAUACUGACCCAGAAUUAUUUGAUAGAAAUGAGAAAUUGAGGAAGGCGUAUUUUCAACAAGUGAAAGAGAUCAAGGCUUUAAAGGAACAACUAGCUUUGAAAGACAAGAGAAUCCGGCAGCUUGAGGACGAGGUCACCAAGUUACGCAGCGGGAGUCACCAAAAUGGGGAAAGCGAAUGCUAGGAGUAGAAAUUUAUUUUGUUUUAGGUAAUUUUAGAUGAUUUUUGCCUUUUCUGUAAAAUAUUACAAUUCAGCUUGCUGGAUAGUGAUAGCUUGAUAAGGUUAAAACUAACAUGACAAAGAAACAUGGAAUGUGCUAUUCCUGACGAUGUUAAGCAAUUUUAAUAUGCAAAAUAAACAUGGAAUGUACAAAUCUUGACAAUAUUAAAAAAAACUUCCAGUAUUAAAACAUGACAUUUAUGAUUCUGAAAAAUGUUACACAUUUGCGAAAAGUUGAAUGCUAGAAAUUUUAAUUCCAAUUUAUUUUCAGCAAUUUUGGACGAUUUUUGCCUGGUCUGUUUUAGCAAGCAUGUUUAUGUCUAGGUAUAUGUUCUAUGUAUGGUCAAAACCUUAAUGUUGUAGUUGUCAUGUUUAAACCUCUGUCAUUACUCAAAAAAUUGUUUGAGAUAUUCGGAUUAAUAAAACAUGGCGCACAUUUUGCCAGAGACAAAACACGCAUGAACAGCUAGGUCUGUGGCUUUGGCUUUAAUAAGUUCUAAGAAAAGCCCCAUUUUGAACAACUUCUUGUGAAGUUUUUAAUGGAAUUGUUGUUGUUUGUAUAUUGUUAGUUAUAUAAAACUGCAAAAAUGAAAAUAAUUGACGAGUACCUUGUUCUAAGUUACGUGUACAUUGUUCUAAGUUACAUGUACCUUGAUCUAAGUUAUGUGUACCUUGAUCUAAGUUAUGUGUAAGUUAUGUGUACCUUGAUCUAAGUUAUGUGUACCUUGUUCUAAGUUACAUGUACUUUGAUCUAAGUUAUGUGUACCUUGUCCUAAGCGAUGUGUACUUUGUUCUAAGUUAUGUGUACCUUGUUCUUAGUGAUGUGUACCUUGUUCUAAGUUAUGUGUACCUUGUUUUAAGUUACAUGUACCUUUAUCUAAGUUAAGUGUACCUUGAUCUAAGUUAUGUGUUUCCUGUCCUAAGCGAUGUGGACUUUGUUCUAAGUUAUGUGUACCUUGUUCUUAGUGAUGUGUCCCUUGUUCUAAGUUAUGUGUACCUCGUUCUAAUGUUAUCCAUAUUUAUUCAGCUAUAUUACAAGACCAUUAUGUUUUUUCGGUCAGUGCCCUCCAAUUUUACCACGCUGUUUGUUAUACAUUUUUUAUGUUUAUUGAAAUGAUGAGUUAAAGAUGUUUUUAUUUUGUUCGUAAGAUUAACAUACAUUCCAUUAAUUUAAGAUAAGCAAUUGUAUUAAUACCGUGUUUUCAUGGACAUUCCUCUGAGAGAUUUUUAUAACUAGCAAAUAUAUCUAUUGUAUUAAGUAUAGAAAAUUCUAGCAAAGGCAUUCCAAAAUUGGUCUAGAAGAAGUAUACAUUCUAACAAAGGCAUUCCAUGAUUAAUGUAGUACGAAUAUACCUUCAAACAAAGGCAUUCCAUGAUUAAUGUAGUACGAAUAUACCUUCAAACAAAGGCAUUCCAUGAUUAAUUUAGUACGAGUAUACAUUCAAACAAAGGCAUUCCAUGAUUAAUUUAGUACGAGUAUACAUUCAAACAAAGGCAUUCCAUGAUUAAUUUAGUACGAGUAUACAUUCAAACAAAGGCAUUCCAUGAUUAAUUUAGUACGAGUAUACAUUCAAACAAAGGCAUUCCAUGAUUAAUUUAGUACGAGUAUACAUUCAAACAAAGGCAUUCCAUGAUUGAUUAAGUAUGAGUAUACAAUCUAACAAAGGCAUUCCAUGAUUGAUUAAGUACGAGUAUACAAUCUAACAAAGGCAUUCUACAAUUGUUCUUGUAGGAUUAUACAUUCUAACAGAGGCAGUCCAUAAUUAAUUUAUUUGGAGUAUACAUUCUAACAAAGACAUUCCAUGAUUGAUUUAGUAGGAACAUACAUUCUAACAAAGGCAUUCCAUAAUUGAUUUAAUAGAAGUAUCCUUUCUUACAAAGGCAUUCCAUAAUUGAUCUUGUAGAAGAAUAUUUCUAACAAAAGCAUUUCAUAAUAGAUCUAUUAGAUUAAUUUGACCAUGUACACAUUCUGUUUAAACAUAAUUCAUGAGUAUAUGAUUUUUUUUUCAUAUUGUAUGAUAUACCUUAAAUUAUAGUUUCACUUUCGACUGGAUUUUACAAUGUACAAUCACCAGUAUCAUCUUAUGAAAGUAAAACGAACAACAAAUAAGAUUAGUGUGAAUAGUAGUGAGUAUGCUGUUAUCUCUUUGUGCAAUUUAAUGGGUGUAAUUUGAAUAAUUAUGCCAUUUUAAGGUAAUGGCUUGUGUUUGGGAUUACCGAACUGAUGCUAAUAUUUUAUCGCUGUUGAUAUUAAGCUUGACCCACUGCUUACAAGUGCUGGUUAUGGGUGUUUGCCUUACAGAAUUUAGUUUGAAAGUCAUUGACUGUUGCUUAAUGUGACUCUGAAAACCCUCAUUUGAUGUACACUAAGCAAAAUCUACAAAGGCGAAUAAUUGUUUUCACAAUCAGAUUUCAUUAAAACGUUCACAUGCACUAGUACCUUAAGGUACACUUUUGACCUCUAAUGACUUUUUACAAUCAGAUUUCAUUAAAACGUUCACAUGGAUUGGUACCUUAAGGAACACUUUUGACCUCUAAUGACUUUUCACAAUCAGAUUUCAUCAAAACAAUCACAUCUAUCUUUAGGUCCUCUCCUCCUUAAACUUGUUAUGCAUAUUAGGCAAACUCCACACAGCGGUUACUUCCCUUUGCUGUACGAAUAUCACUGCUAUCACGCAUAUCAGGAUAUUUUUAACCGAAUCACAUGACCUCAUUCAAAAUCUUAAAAUUUAUUUUUUGAAUUUCAAAUACGAAACAUACUUAGUCUUAAGAUGUUAACAAAACAAUCCAACAAUGAAUUUAAAUGAAAUUAUUUCUUUAAAAAUGUUUUAAGCUGAAAUCGAGCUAUUUUUCCUUGUUUGCGGGUAGCUUUUGUGCUUGUCAAGGGAGAUAACUGUGUAGAAUAUUGGUAAGGAGGCUUAUAACAAAAUUCAGUUGUUUUAUAUUAAUAUUGAGAAUUGAAUAAGUAACCAAUUUUUGUUGAGUGCAAAUGUGGAAAAAUAGUUCAUAUCGUUAUUUUGGGGGGAGCUUGUUUUCAUCAGUAUUUGCAAUAUUUGAUUCGUAAAAAGGGCAGUUGUAUGGUCACGUUUUAGCGUUUAAAAAUGAUAGUUAGUUAAUUAAAAGCUCAUUAGAUUUAAAAUGUCAUUUGAGUUUUUGUUGUCUUUAAAAUGUCUUAUAGUUAGUUAAUUAAAAGCUCAUUAGAGUUAAAAUGUCAUUAGAGCUUAUGUUGUCUCUUAUAGUUAGUUAAUUAAAAGCUCAUUAGAGUUAAAAUGUCAUUAGAGCUUAUGUUGUCUUUAAAUGUCUUGCCGAAUGGAAAUAUAUCAAAUAAUAAGUGCAAUUCAUUGUAAUGUAGACUUAUUUUUGUUGGUUUUUUUUCAUUACGUCUUUGAAUGAGAUGUACCUGAUGCCAUUAAGUCUUAAUCCAUUAAAAAAAUAUUAUUUACAAUCAUUCUAAGAUCAUUAGUAAUUAAUUAAGUGCUUCUUUAUAAAGUAUCGAUGCAUGUUCCUCACGUUUGUUUCUUUGUCUUAGGCAUGUGAAGAAAAAAAAAGUUUUUUUCGGUUUCCGGACCAACCCUAUUCCUUUGCACUUAACCCAAAUACUUUAUUUCAGUCAGACAAUAUAGUUUUAUCUUUUAUCUUUGUACUAAAACAAAUGGGGAAAUGAAAUUUGAAACAAACAAAAUUGCAACGGUUUUUAGUGUGAUACAGUCUUGACAAAACAAAUUAAAUGAAACAAACAUAAAUUAUUUUAACCUUGGUUAAGUAGCAUCAGCUGCAGUUGUGUUGUUUGGAAAUACCUAAAUAUUGUUAUGUGUCUGCAUGUUAUUGUAAGGUUUGUAUUUAUUACUGAUUAAGAUAAGUGUAUUUAUUAUAUGCAAUAUUUCAUGCCAGUGUAGACACGGAGAAAGUCAGUGCCUAUGUUCAUGUUUCUGUUGUUGUUGUUGUUGUUGUUGUCUUCCAAGAGUAUUCUCAAUUUUAUAAUUGUUGUGUAUUUCUAAAAUUCAGGCCUCUUUAUUUCCUUAUACUGAUUAAAAAUACCUUUCUUAUUUUAGAUAGUAUGAAUUGUUUUAGCUAGAGUUUUGAAUCGGGGUCAAAGGUCAUGGUCACAGGUACUUUUUAAAGAAAUGUCUGAGGAAAAAUUUCAUAAUAUGACAAUAUGACCUUGGAGCAUGUAAUCUAAACACUGAUAGAUGGUCCUUAUCAAUUUUUAAAGCAACAGUUAAUAAGACAAUGUUUUACUUCACAAGAUUUUGCAUGUAAUUUGUAUCGUCAAUCGUUGACCCUUUUGGUUUGGGAGGUCGAGGUCACAGUCACAGUUAUUGCACAUUUUUUAUUAAUUUGGUUGAAUGAUUUUGUUGUCAUAUAAAUAUUAAAUAUCAUAGAGGUGGUUACAUAUAAUUUUAAAGUUAUUAUCAAUUAAGGUUUUAAGCGAUUUAUUAUACCGUAAAAAUAUUGUUUAUACUGAUUACGUCUGCGAAACGCUUAGAGUAUACUAAAGCGCUAAGAGUCUACUUUAACUAUAUUUUACAAACGCCUAUUCUGCUCAGGCGCUUGAGAAAGUAACAAAUUAAUGUUUAGACUGUAAUAAGCACAUGAUUCAUUACAGAAUACCUAAUGAUGACUAGAAUAUUGAAUUUUAUAAAGGCAAAGUCAGAUGAGGUACAUUUUUAUAAUAGAAGAAAUUGGCAUCGGAACGUACACUUUUUACAGUGUUUCAAUGUUACUGUAUAGCUAGUGUUUCAGGGUUGCUUCAGUGUUUCUUUUUGGUUUCAUGAUAUCUUUUUGAGCUUUAAAUAGUAGCUUUGAUCACUUACGCCUAUACCAUUAUUGCAUUAUUUGUAUUGUUAUAAAGUAAUCACACCAAAUAUGCUUAUAUUAAUUUUCGUUUUUAAUUUAAAAUUGUUUACAUUAAGCAAUUUGAUGCAGGAAAGGUCCGUCCCUUAUGUGAAGAUCUGAAAUGUAAAUCGAACCUUCAAUCAUUUAGUUAGUAAAAUGUGUACUUAUACCAAGUGACACCAGUAAAUUGGGGUGCAAUGUAAAAUUAAUAGCUUAAUUGGUAUUCAUUUGGCAUUGCCUGUGUUAUCAUGCUAAGGGGCCUGUUUCAAUAAAGAUAUCUUAGUCGUUAAGUGGAAUGAUUAUCUUUGUGUCAUAUUUUCAUUAUUUGGCAAAACUUUAAUAUGAAAUAAAUUCUCGCUAAGUGGAAUUAAUUUCCUUUGUGUCAUAUUUUCAUUAUUGGGCACCGAUUUUGAUAUUAAAUAAACUCUAGCCUGUAUUAAAGAUAAAAACAAAACAGAAAGAAACGAAAAAAAAGACUUUAUGCCAUCUAUGAUGCUAAUACAGAUUUUAAAUUUUCAAAGUUACGAUUAAAAUAUUUUAUUGAAACUGGUCCCAGGUGUUCUAUCAAAGGUGAUUAUACAGCACACUUAUGCUCUAUAUGCAAUGAAAUUUGCAAUCACUGUGCUAGUUUUGUUUUCCCUCUUACUGUGUAUACUGCAUUACUACUUAGUUGAUAAUUACAUGUAUGUUGUCCUGUGUUAAACAUUAAAUAAUAUUUGUUUUAUAUCAGGGUUUAGAUAAUUAGAUGGUAAUUUGUUGUUAUAUCAUUGUGUGAUCUAUGUUAUACUUGAACAUUUUUUCUCUUUAAUUCACCUUCUCUAAACUGUGAUCUUAUUUGGUUGUAUUGAUUUUAUUUAGAUUUCGUUUUAUCAUGAAUACAUAAUAUUAAAUAUUAUGUUACCAUACUUUUUAUCUUUAUUUCUACUGCAUUAUUUUCUCAUAUUUUUUGUUUCAAAGAAAUCCAUACGUUGCUUUUAUUCACAUAUUAUGUUUACAUACAUUCAGUUUAAAUACCUAUUUGUAACAAAGGCAUUCACGCUACUUCAUAAAGUGAACGUGCUUGAGAAACUUGUAAACCUCACAGUUCGAGAAAGUAAAUGAAUGAUAUCUCAAACAGUAAAUAAUGGAUAUCUAAACGGCGUUACAUCUGCAGCAAACUUCUUUUUAAAUCAGCUUUUCAAUUUAAAAAAAAAUAUAUGGCAUUUCUUAGCAUUGGUGUCGUCGGCCGCGUCAUAGUUAAAAACAUUCAACCUUAACUCAAAAAAAACGUUCAUGGUGUACUCAUGCAACUUGGUAAAUUUGUUUCACUCGUAUAUCAAGGCCCAUAAAUCUGACUUCAAUAAUUAUCAAGUUAUGCCCCUCGUGAAACUGAAAAAAAUCCAGACGACCAUAGAUGUUCGCUCCGCGGCGUUCUUGUAUUAAAGACCAGCAAAUAAGGGAAUUGACGUAAAAUGAGAUUGUCGGCGUAUUUCUGCGGAUCUUAUGGCACCAGGAACCGAAAGAUGUAUAUCUAAAAAUGGUUGCUUUUGUUUAAUGUUCAUAAUGACACUCCAGUUCGGUUCAAAUUUGAUUCGGUUCAAGUCAGGAGAGCCAUCAAAAGUGCUUCUAAAAAGCCAGUGCUUCUUAAGCAGUGUGCUUCACUCCUUUGGCCCGCAUUGGGAGCCUGGCCCGCAUUGGGAGCCUAAAGUGCCCCCCCCCCAAAGUCUAUAUCAGCAUAUGUAUGUAGUUUUGAUUAGUUUCAAUUGAUUGUAAUCAGGAUUGAUUAGAUCCUUUUUUAUAGAUUUAUACGCUUAUAGCAUUUUAGAGUUUCACAAGGUGUAUAUUUAUGUAACAUUAUCGUUUUUGAAGCAACUGAACAUUUAUUAAUUGCAACACUGUUGUAAUUGGAUUUGACCGUUUUAAGUAAGACCUGUUGGGACUUGCCUGAAUAGUUUAGCAAUGCCCUCUUUUUAACCAUUAUAAAUUUUAAUUAAACAGUUAAGCAAUUUGCUGAUAAGAAUACUUUUUUUCAAAAGGUAUUUUUAUAUUUGAAUUACUUGAUUUGUUACAAAUGUUUGGUUUAUAAACAUGAAUAUACAAUAGCUUCAGCAAAAAAUCUUACGAAUGGCUAUUUUUUACAAAACAAGAUACCUGUUGUUUCAGCAUUAAUCAUGCUUGUCAUGGCGUUCUUUGAAAGGUCACAUUUGCAAUACUUUUAUAGCUGACAAAACCAGUGCUCUUCUAUGACUAACGUUAUUUAUAUUCAUGUUAUCUGUGUUCUAAUUUCUGAUCUUCAAACAUUGUAAAAAAAAUGUAUUGUUGUAAUUUUAAGAUGUUUAUUAUUCUUAACCUGAACUGAAUGUCACAAAUAAAUGUAGA